AUGUGGAAACGAACGUUGAGCUUCCACUCGGCGGCGAGGGUCGGAACAAUGGCCUGUGGUAGUCGUUGUUGUUCGUCAUCAUCAUCAUCCUCCUCUUUUUGGAUGUCGUCAUCCUUGUUGUUGAACCUACUGGAUAGCCGAAUGGCCAUGAUCGUGAACAACGAUUGUUGUUUUGGAAUGGACAACUCUUCUCCUCAUCGGAACUACAGCUGUACCAGUAAAAAUCUUUCUUCUGCUCUUCAUCAACAACAAACAAAUCCUCAUACGGAACAAUCACCAAAGAAUUUAAUUACACCUAAAAUUAGAUAUCUCCAUAAGGAUUAUAGAAAAUCAACAAGCGUUAAUGAGCCAUACAAUAUUUUUGAUAUUGAAUAUAACAAAUUAAGAACGGAAUUGUUGGUCGAGAAUGAAGAACAGAACUCGUCGGUGUCUUCUUCAUUGGAAACUUCCUCUUCUGUUAAUGAACAGAAAAAUUCAACAAAACCACAUUUGAAUAAGAUGUACUUAAUUGCACAAGGAUAUUGUUUGGGAAAGGCUUAUCGUCAACAAGUUCAAGGAGAUGAUGAAAAAUUAUAUGGCGGAGAAGAUGCGUUUUUUAUUCAAGAUAACAACGAUAUGACCUGUCACAAUAAUCCAUACAAGGUUGAUCCAGCAAAUAGCGUGCAAUGUGUUGGUGUUGCUGAUGGAGUGGGAGGAUGGUCACAAUACGGACGAGAUUCAAGUUUAAUGUCUCGACAAUUAAUGCAAAAUUGUUAUUUUUAUACCUUAUAUAAUGGAAAAGAGUAUGCAGAUCCCGUCAAGUUGAUUGAACGAUCGUAUUCAGAUAUUAUAGAGAAGAAACAAGUGUUGGCAGGUAGUACAACAUGUUGUGUUCUGAUCCUGGACGAAACAAAUGGACUUUUAAAAUCUGCGUAUAUUGGAGAUUCUGGAUUUUUAGUGAUGCGACGAAGACAGCAACAACACCAAACGGAUGGAACUCCUUCUAAAGGUUCUUAUGAAGUGAUAUAUAGAUCCACGCCCCAACAACAUUAUCACAACGCUCCUUAUCAAUUAGCUGUGAUACCUGAAUUUUUGCGUGGAAGAUUUGACGAUUCUCCAAAAGAUGCCGUUUGCCACUCUCUAAAACUUUGCAAUGGAGAUUUAAUCAUUGUUGGUACCGAUGGAUUAUUUGAUAAUUUAUAUGACCAUCAAAUUGUGGAAUUUGUUAAUCAAAAUCUUGACAAGAGUGAGUUUGAACUUGCCAAAAAUUUACUACUGAAAGCGAGACAAAUUGCAUUUGGUUAUGAGAAUGUUAAAAGCACUCCAUUCCAAGAUCAAUCCGAAAAGAAUGGAUUUUUUUAUUUGGGUGGAAAGCCUGAUGACAUUACCGUUGUUGUGGCGAGAGUGGUCAUGAAAUAG